AUAUCUAGGGACUCCGGGUUCAGCGUGUCCGGCGCCAGCUCCUCGUUCCUGUCGUCGGUGACGACCGGCGACGGGAGCGUGUCGAACGGGCGCGGCGGCGGCGGGUCGUCAUCGCCGCUGAUGCUCCCGCCGCCGACAGGCGCGGCCAGCUGCGGGAAGCCGCCGCUGUCGUCGUCCGGCGCCGGACAGAAGCGCAAGUGCCACGAGCACGCGCACUCGGAGAACGUCGUCGGCGGCAAGUACAGGGCCACCGGCGGCCGAUGCCACUGCUCCAAGGGCCACCGGCGGCCGAUGCCACUGCUCCAAGCGCAGGAAGCACCGGGUGAAGCGGACGAUCCGCGUGCCGGCGAUUAGCCCGAAGGUGUCGGACAUCCUCGCCGACGAGUACUCGUGGCGCAAGUACGAGCAGAAGCCCAUCAAGGGAUCGCCAUAGAGAGCUCAGAGAAAUAGAGAGAGGGUAAGAAAAGAAGCCACCGACAGAGAGAGAAAGAGCAGUCUAUUAAUGGCUCCCCUUGCCAACGUGGAGUCCAGGUGGACCAAAACCAGCUUGGUUUGGGCGGAAGGGGUGUUCGUGCCUGGUUUUAGGAGAUUGAGGUUGUAAUUUACCCGGUUUCAAACUUUAGGGUUGAGUUUUAGACUUUCUGCUGAGUUUGAGGGGUAAUGUAGACUUUCUCCGGGAAUAAAACAGGUGGAAGAAUAAGCUACCUGGAAUGAUAAUAUUUUUUUAAAACUA